UGAUACUGACUUUGCCAUACGGACUUCGGUCCGCGCUUCUCAGACCGCCAGUGUAUAGACUGAAACAGCCGAGUCGGAGAGCACAAUUCGAACGUCGUGGCUUGUCUCGCGUUGCCGAACUGCACGGAAAGCACUAAUGCAAGAUGACAUGCCGUGAUUGGCUGCAUGUGGUCAGCCCAUCAUUGAGGGACACAACUUCUCCUCUCUUCUGCUCAGUUUCAAGGCAUGGAUAGCCUGGUUUUGAAUCCUCCUCAUACAUUGUCGAGUCGGUCAGCCACCUUUUCUUGCACAAUCACAGGCUUUAGUCUAUGUAUCAAGCAAACCAGCAAGUGUUCACCAAUCCGUGGUUUGGUCACCUUUUUUUUUUUUUUUUUCUGCCAGCCGAUCUUCAUCGGCGAUGAGACCGUCUUGUUUCGGGAAACAAACUCGGAGCGAAGACCGAUAUCUCCGAAGAAUUUCAGUCCCGCAUUUUCUGGCUUACGAAUAAGCGCUCGAGGGUCUCCGAAUUUAGCAUCCUUCUUAUUGCUGCUGAUACUUUUCGGCGGGUUAGUUCAGCGUGCAGUAGGCCCUGCUAUCGCUAUGUUCUCUGUCGCCAGUUACACUGUUCGUUCUGUUCUAGGAGGAUCGGGCUCAAGAUGGACGGACCGUUCCUUGACCUGUCAAGCCUGAACAAUGUGAUUCAUUCUUGUGUCUCAAGAGUUCAAGCCAGCGUCGCAUUCGCCAAGAAUAAGUAGGUCAACGGACCAAAUACAGGAUGGACUACAAAGAA